GGAUUAUUUUUAUAAAAGUGCUUAGACUAUGGUUUACAUACUAAAAUGAAGAUACAUACAAAGGGGAUUUUUAUUCAAAACAAUUAAUGGCCGCCAGAACAACUAUGUACCGUGGUUUACGAACAUGACCCGUUCAAAAUGCUCUAGUAUAAAUUGGCUGCAACGCUUGACUUCAAAACUCCAUUUGGAAACAAAAUGUUCAUCCCUUUUUCUCAUUUUUCUUGGAGAAAUCUCUCUCAACAGUGAACAUUCUUCUUCUCUGUCUUUAUCACAAGCCUUCAUCAGAAACUUCUGUUGUUCCAACCAAGAAAUUUCAAUAUCUCAUCCUACUCAGGGGAAGAUGACGAAGGUUUGUUAAUUUCAAUUAGAUCUUGUUGCUGAAUUUUAACCUUAAUUAAUCAUCUUGUAGUCCUUCUCUCAGAGUUGUAGCUAGCUACUCUGCUACCUCACAUGAUCUUUAUUUGCAAAUCAUUCAUCACUUCAUACUUUAGCCUACUUAAUUAUAUGAACUUCUUUCGUCGUAUUCUUCUUAUUCUUUCCUUUUGAUUUUUAUCACACAGAAACUGGUGUUGCAAUUAGACUACUACGAAGACAAAAUCAAGCAAAAAGCCAUGCAAAAGGUUUCCGGCCUUGCAGGGAUCGAAUCAAUUGCGAUAGAUUCCAAGGAUAAGAAACUAACCGUAGUGGGCGACAUAGAUGCGGUGAAAUUGGUGCACAGAUUAAGGAAGCUAUGUCGGGCUGAUAUAAUAUCAGUUGGGCCUGCAAAAGAGCCCGAGAAGAAAAAAGAUGACGGCAAGAAAGACGAUGGCAAGAAAGACGACGGCAAAAAAGGAGGCGAUGGUGAUAAAAAGAAGUCCGGCGGAGGAGAUGAUAAGAAGUCAGGGGAAGGCGGAGGUGGCAAGGGAUCAGAUGAGAAGAAAUCAGGAGGUGACGGUAACAAGAAGAGUAAUAAUGAGUCUAAAGGAGAUGCUGUGAAGGUAUUUCCGGCGCUGCCUCCGCCGCCGGGCUAUCCACAGUACUAUCACCCACAGUAUCCGCAGUAUCUGCCGCCGGCGGUCUACCACCAACAAGCAUACCAACAUUAUCCGGCUCAAUCGGCAUAUUACAAUAGAAGUUCAGAAGAAGAUCCAAAUUCUUGUGUCAUAUGCUAGCAGGCUUUCCAAAAUGUUUAGAUGAAUUCAACAAGGUGGUAGUACAUUUUACUAUUUUAGUCUUUUGUCUAUCACAUUUUGGACGUUUUGUUUGUAAUUUUUUUUUUUUUUUGGGUUGAAUGAUAUUUAUUGCUAGGAUGCCAAAGUCAAGAAUAGAGCUGUCUUGUAUAGGAGGAGGAUGGUGAUAUACGAUACUAUUAAUGAUAUAUUUUUUUAUAAUAUUAUUAUUAGACUAAUCAAAUGCUUUUUAUCUUUUUUUUGUAGUUGUUUUGGGUACAAUGACAAGAAUACAAAACACCAAUUGUCAUUUGGACAAUAUGAUUAGGAGUUCUAAUUGUAUUAACAAAUAAAAAAAAAAGGAAUGCUCCGAGCUAAUUCAAAACUGAUUAGUUGUUCUAAACUGCACAACUUUUAGUUUGCUAGAGACAAUUUUUUUUUUCUUGGA